AUGUCCAGUCACCAGCAAACAACUUCUAAUGGAACAGAUGAAAAAUCGGUAACUAAAAAAGUACUAAGAAAGGGCGAAAUUUGGUUCGAUGACACUAAAGAUGACCUUGAAGAAGUUCAUCGUGUGAUGGACUCGAUAUCCUCAAAUGGAUCAAUGGAUUCGGAGCGAUUAACACCUAGAAAUAAAACAAAAAUUGGGAAGUACAUUGCAAUUGAUUGUGAGAUGGUUGGGGUGGGGCCCAAUGGCGAAAGCUCGGCCCUUGCUCGAGUAACUAUAGUGAAUUAUUAUGGUGUAGUUAUACUUGAUAAAUAUGUACGCCCAAUUGAACGCGUCACUGAUUUCAGAACUGAAAUCAAUGGAAUCACGCCAAAAUUACUCGCAACAUCUCAUGAAUUUAAUCAAGUUCAACGCGAAGUGGCGGAUAUAAUAAAAAAUCGAAUAGUCAUCGGCCAUGCCCUUCAUCAUGAUCUUAGGGCAUUGCUCUUAGAUCAUCCUCGACAGAUGAUACGCGACACCUCCCUGUACAAACCGUUUCGCAAGAUAACAAAAGGAAAAACUCCUUCCCUAAAACGAUUAGCCAAAGAAGAACUCGGAAUGACGAUCCAAGAAGGGUGCCACUCUUCGGUCGAAGAUGCACAGGCUUGUAUGAUGUUGUAUAAAAAACAUAGGAGCCAGUGGGAACAAUUGAAAUAUAAAAAGACCUAA